AUGAAUUUGAUAUUGCUGGCAUUUGUCUUGUGUGGAGCCGUUUUCGGUGAUGACAAGAGGACAAAGCGCGGAUUCGAGCAUGGAUUUGGUGGUGGAUUCGGCGGUGGUUUUGGUGGCGGUUUCGGAGGACACGGGCACGUCCAAACUAUCACGUUGACCAAACCCGUCCCAUAUCCUGUACCGCACCCGGUGCCUUAUCCUGUAAUCAAGAAGGUACCUGUCACUAUCAAAGUCGGUGUACCUUAUCCCGUCCCUAAACCAUAUCCCGUUCACAUACCUAAACCAUACGCAGUACCAGUUGCAAAACCUUACCCAGUACCAGUAGAGAAACCCGUCCCAUACCCAGUCAAAGUCCCAUACCAGGUACCAUACGCAGUACCACACCCGGUACCAAUUCCGAAACCGUACCCAGUAACCAUCCACAAACCGUACCCAGUCAAAGUACCAUACCCAGUCGUCAUCGAGAAGAAAGUACCGAUUGUUUUGGGUGGACACGGUUUUGGUGGUCAUGGAUUCCAUUGA